CCACAAGCCCACAACUAAAUCUAUAUAUGGAAAACAAUACAAUUCACACCAUAACACUAGUGAUGUCCUCCUACCCCUGGCCCUGUACUCAAAGAAUUCACGGCCAUUGUCUGGAACUGUUUGCAAAUCUAGUAUAUAAACUAAUAGACUACAUUUAAGCAUUCUUGGUAUUCAGAUUUUACAAACUAAACUGCAUUACAAGCUAAUUUACUCUUGUUAUAGUGUUAUUACAGCAAUUCCCUUCACAAUAACACUAGGGUACUACUAAAUCUAGCUAAGCUAACACCAUAGAUAUUAUAGACUACAUUAUGCUAACACGUUGAAAUGGGAGUGGUAUGGUAUGGGCUAGAUCACGUGACACAGUUAUUAAUUAAAAUUUACAAACAAUCGCACAAUGGCCUCUGUUUCUAAAGCAGUAGCUUCUACUGUCCUCCUUAUAUUACUAGCUACCCUGCCAUAUAUGAAAGUAUCAUUUAAAGGGGAUCUUCAGAAAGUAUUGACCGGUUUGCUGUACCAAGAGGGACGUUACUUGGUCGAUAAUGGAAGGAGAGUGGCUGUAGGCUUUGGAUCAUGUUGGGACCUGGUGACUGAUGGAGUAAAACUCCUUGAAGCCUCAGGGAUAUCUCCACCGGUGACUCCUGAGCAUUAUGAUGUAGUCUCGAAUGGUGAUGAUUUGGCUAAGAUAUUUGCAUACUUCUUUGAGAGCGGAGCAGCUGCAGAGCGGUUCUCAAAUGACAGUACUUUCUUUAAUGCUCUUGUAUCAACCACUACUCAUAGGCUCAAUGAGUCGCACUGGGCAGUCGGUGGGAAUGCCCCAGUCAUAUCACAGAGACUAGCAAUGGAAGGAUGGGAGGUACUCUUAGCCGCCUUAAUGAGACCCAAGACAGCAAAAAGCAUCCAUCCCUCCAUCAAACUAUCCACAGACACUGGUACGAACAACAUGAAGGAGGACGUUCACCUAAUAAUGGAGUUUGGAUAUGAGUCGGUCUGGGGCAAGUACAAGAGCCCCAGGGCUAACAGGUUCAUCCUCCACAAUGACUAUUCAAACAUGAUGCUCGAGUCUUUAAAUGGGUUUGCCAGAGCCGUUAUAGACUUUAAGCCAGACUUGGUUAUAAUCGGUGGACUCCAAAUGAUGGACAAUUUCUAUUACGAUCCAAAGAUACGGACAGAGAGACUAAGAGAGCUAGGAAAGUUAUUAGAGUCUCUGCCUAGGAGCACUAAAAUUCAUUUUGAAAUGGCUUCAUUCACCGAUGAAGGAUUCUUAAAAGAAUUAUUGGAGUAUGUGAUACCAUAUGCCGACUCCAUGGGCAUGAACGAGCAAGAGCUGGCCAAUCUUUAUUCGCUCCUUAAGGCUGGUAGCAUCAAACUAGUGGCUGAUUUCAAUCCAAGGGUAGCUGCAUCGCUAGAUGAAGGUCGUGAAAUACUAUCAAUGCUAGAGACUAGAAAAAGAAAUCUCUCCUUUUCUUCGUAUCGGCAAUUAACUCGAUUACACAUUCACACACUGGCCUAUCAAGCUAUAUUUACACUCAAGGACUCGGGCUGGGUCCAUACCAGAACAGCAACUGCUAAAGCCUCUCUGAUGGCCAAUCGUCACGUUUGCUCAUCGCACGAAGUAAACCUUGAGAGCGCUAAACUCAUUAUGGACGAGUCUUUCUCGGUGAGCACUCAGCCUGGAAGCACCCGAGUGCUACUGACUGAGGAGGAACCGGUUUCCUGUUGGUUCGAAGGACCUAUGAAGAUCUGUGUGGCUCCUAACAUAGUCUGUACUGCUGUCUAUAAGACUGCAGGGGCUGGGGAUAACAUAUCCGCUGCAGGUUUGUCAGUUCAACUUUGAGAUGGUACCGUACAUCAAUUGCUAAUAAUGAAAUGGGCUUAUAAAUAAUUUUCAUCAAUCAGUGCAACACAGCUAUAAUGCUAUCCUCUCCUUCAUGUAUGAUUUUGAAACUUGUUUUUUUUUUGAAACAACAAGUAGCAACUACUAGAAAAA